AUGAUGUGUGAACGCUGUGAUCAAUGUAGCGACUCCUCUUGGAACAGCUGCUAUUCUCCACAAAUGUCAGACGGAACAAGGUAUAUCCCGCUGACGGCGGAUUAUAUGUAUCUACAUGAGAAUGGAGACAUGUGUUGUUGUGACUCACAGCGUAGUGACUAUUCGAUCGAAUAUGAAGAAACAGACAGAUCCUGUACCUGUGACAACUCAAAUAUAGUCAUACGUGACAUUAAGGGUCACGAAGCACGUUGCUGCUGUGAUUGCCAUGAUGAAACACGUGAUUCCAGAAUCUCUGAUACAUAUCUACAUAGACGCGCUGAGACCGCCAACCCUCAACGGUCUCAAAAAGGCGCCAACGAAAACCGUCAGUACGACAAAGUUAACUCUACACCAUCUCAUGCACAAACAGAGCAUAAGAGAACCCCGGUUACCCCUGUAGCCACGAAAAAAGUGGCACCAGCACGGCCAGACGUGCUACAAACACGACCUCUCACUCGAAAUACCGGGAAUAAUGGAGAAUCUCAACAAAAUAGAGCUCUUAGAUUCUGUGGUAGGACUUUAGGAAGGACGCGAAGUCCACGUUACCGCAAUAUAGUUUUACCAAUUCCGCCAACUAACGGUGAUAUUGAGGUUAUCGCGAAAAGGUUGAUACCUCAAGAACCACCGGCACCAAAACCACAAGAGACGCGGGCAUCCAAGCUUAAGUUCGCUGUAGAGAGGUGUCCAACACCUGCACGGCGACCCCGCGGAGGGGAGACGCCGAAAGCAAAAGCGCCCCGCGACGCGACACCUCGUUGGAAACGUAACGGGACGGCAUUAAUACGUCUGUAG